AUGAGCUCCCAGUUUGCUCUCCAGACAAGCUUCGAUGUGGAGUAUGCGCCUGCCAGCAUCAAGAAAUGGCGUUCUCGCAGAACAGGCUUGCUGCUUACAUAUGUGAACCAGCCGACGCCGAUGGUGAACGGUUAUUUUGCUGUGGCGACGGAGAUUCCUGAUGAUUCGGGUUGUCCGCAUACUUUGGAGCAUCUUGUUUUUAUGGGAUCCAAGAAGUACCCGUACAAGGGUUUGCUAGACAGUUUGGGACAGAGGUUCUUCUCAUACACCAAUGCCUGGACAGCCAUAGAUAGAACGGUGUACACACUUACGACCGCUGGCUGGGAGGGUUUCCAGAAACUCUUGCCUAUUUAUUUGGACCAUGUGUUCAAUCCUAUCAUUAACGACGAGGCAUGUCUUACCGAGGUAUACCACAUUGACGGUAAGGGUAAAGAGAAGGGUGUGGUCUUCAGUGAGAUGCAAGGUAUCGAAAGUCAGUCAUGGUUUGUGCUUUACCUUGAAUAUUACAGAUCAUUGUAUUCUAAGGACUCGGGCUACUCGUCUGAGACAGGCGGACUUAUGUCUGAAUUGCGCCAUUUGACUUGGGACCAGAUCAGAGACUUCCACAAGGCCAUGUAUCGUCCAGACAACGUGGGUGUAAUUAUCACGGGAUCCGUUGACGAGAAAGAGCUUCUUGAAACUAUGGAAGCGUUUGAUGCUGGUCUUCCUUCUUUACCAGAAACGCCGCACAAGAGACCAUGGCUCGAUUCCAAGGUCGACCUUCCACUCACCAAGGAAGUGAUCAAAGAGGUGCUGUUUCCAGAUGACGAUGAGUCUAUGGGUGAGCUCCUUAUUGGCUGGAUUGGACCUAAUGCAGAGAAUACUUUGGCUGUUUUGGCUCUCGAUAUGGUCGGAUGCUACUUGGCAGAGCUGCCUAUCUCUUUGUUGAACAAGCACUUGGUUGAAGUUGAAAACCCUUCAGCCACGGAUAUUGAUAUCAUCACCGAUGACUUCCUUCGUAUUGGCGUGAACUUCUACGUUGGUGGUGUUCCUGUUGGAGAAUUAUACAAUGUGGACAAGAAGAUCAAGGAGCUCUUGGAGAGUAUCACACACGAGGAGAAUUUCGAUCUCACGUAUAUGAGACAGCUUGUGGCGCAGCAGAAGAUCAAGUUCAUUUCCAAGACUGAGGGAUCCCCUCUCACCUUGUCUAAUUUGGCUAUACUGGAAGUGAUUUACGGUAAACAUGACGGAUCUGAUUUGAGCAAAUGGUCCAAGAGUUUGAAGGAGCAGGACGAGUUGGCUACCUGGACUGCCAAGCAGUGGUGUGAUUUCAUCAAAACCAACUUUAUCGAAAGCAAGCCCGUUACGAUUAUCGGCAAGCCUUCUCCUCAAGCUAUCAAAGACAACAAGGCUGAGAAUAGAAAGCGUAACAAAACAAUAAGAGAAGAAUAUGGCGAAGAAGGCCUCACAAAGUUGCAGAGAACACUCGACGACGCACAAGCAAAGAAUGAUGCACCUAUUCCUGACGAUGUCCUCACCAAAUUUGGCAAGCCCGAUGCUUCUAAGAUUGACUUCAUUGAGACCGACUCGUAUCAGGCAGGUCAGAAUGACUCCAAGCUUACAUUUUACAAGAAAGAUGGUCCAUUGCACGAGCGCAUUAAAAAGGAUACACCUGAAGACUUCCCAUUGUAUGUUCACUUGGAAGACUACAAAUCUCAGUUCGUCACCGCUCAAUUAGUCUUUUCAUCAGCUGUUGUACCUCCUGAGCUUUUGAGAUACUUUUCACUCGUUGAGGAUAUCUUUUCUGUUUCCAUCAAAAAGCCUGAUGGCACCUAUUUGCCAUACGAAGAGGUCAUCACUGAGCUCAAUAACGACUUGCUCGAUUUCGACUUAGACAAUGGAUUUGAUAGCCAGUUCGUUGAGCUUAUUACGGUGACUAUCAAAUUCGAAGUUGGAAAGUAUGAGAAGGCUAUCGACUGGUUGAUAAACGUCCUCAAGUACUCUGUGUUUGAGGAAUCAAGAGUGAAGGUGAUUAUCGAGAAGCUUAUAAAUUCCCUUCCAGACAAAAAGAGAAACGACGAGUUGAUGAUGUACUCGUCGCAAUAUAGAACAGUUUUCAAGGAGACCUCCUUGAGAAAGGCCCAGGAUUCCAUCCACACCGAGGGUUUCUACAGAGAGUUGAUGCAGAAAAUCGAGGACGGUAAAUUCGCCGAAAUUGUUGCCGACAUCGAUGCCAUCAAGGAGAAACUCUUCAACGUCAACAACAUGAAGCUUUUCUUGACUGGCGGUUGCUCCAACCUUGAAAACCCCAUCUCAUCGUGGUCCAAAUUCGUGAAGGAGUUCAAUGGUGCCAAGUCUGAGGCUAACUUAGAUCUCGAAAAGGUCCCCAGAUCGUUCCAGUUUAAAUCUGAAAUUGGCCAGCGCUGUUCAGGCCAGGCGUUUUUGGUUACCACCCCAGCAAGUGAAACAACUCACUUGAUUGCCAUGACACCAAUUCCCACAGAUUAUUCCGAUAUCGAUAUUGCCAGAAUAGCCUUGGCCAGUGAAAUCUUGACUGCAAUGGAAGGUCCUUUGUGGAGAGGAGUCAGAGGUUCAGGUCUCGCUUAUGAUGCAGCAAUCAGAAGAAUGGUGGAAUCCGGCUUCCUUACGUUUGUCAUUUAUAGAGGUGCUGACGCUCAACAGGCAUGGGAAACAACCAAGAAGAUCGUGCACGAGCAUACCUCUGGUGAAGCUGAGAUUGAUCAAAUUGCUAUUGACAACGCUGUGGCUGGUAUUGUGAAUUCACUUGUGAAAGCUGAAUCCAACAAUCACGAUGCUGCCGUGAACAAGGUUUUGGACAACAUCUUCAAGAAGAGAGGUCCAAAUUACGCCAGAGACUUCUUGAAGAGUCUUGGUUCUGUCACGAAAGAGGAUUUGUUGGAGGUGUUGAAGAAAUACUUUGUCCCACUCUUUGAGCCAAAGCAUUCGCUUUUAUUCUCCUGUCUUCCAACCACAACAGCACCAGGCUUCCAGGACUUCUUACAAAAACAAGGUUAUGAAGUCUCAUUAGAGGAGAUCAAUGCUACUGCUGAUGAAGCUGCACAGAAUUCAGGCGAAGAGUCUGACGGAUCCGAAGAUUCUGAUGGCUCCCUGGGAUCUGAAUCGGAUGCGGAAUAG